UAAUAAAAAAUGAAGAAAGAAAAAAAGGGUUCGAAAAAACUCCAAAGCCAUCAGCUUGACCAUCCAGAUACAUUGGACAGAAAAUUAACUUAUCGAAGUUUCUGAUAAGCACGUGCCAACAAUUCUCAGCCAUGGGAUUCCUCCACGUGUUUAAUUGGAGGACCCAAAAGUGCUGCCAAACCCAAAAGGGGUAUUAUUUUUCAUCCAUAUAAAAUGCUAUUUUCACUCACAUGAGCCAUGCAGAUAAUACAAAAAACUUUUACUACAUAGUCACAAGCUUUAGUUUUGGCCAUGGAGGGUAGUUCUAAAGGCAAGGAAGACAAGGAAGGCGGAGGCGAGACAACUCGAUACCGUGGCGUACGAAGGAGGCCUUGGGGGAAGUUUGCGGCUGAGAUACGCGACUCGAAUAGGCACGGUGCUCGUAUUUGGCUCGGGACUUUUAACACAGCUGAGGAGGCGGCUCGAGCUUAUGAUAGAGCCGCUUAUGCCAUGAGAGGUCACUUAGCAAUUCUUAAUUUCCCGGAGGAGUAUCCCAUGGGUAGUGGCGGCGCUAAUGUUCACUAUGGUUCAUCAUCUUCCAUGGGUUCUUCUUCUUCUUCUUCUUCUUCUUCUUCUUCUUCAUCUGCAACUACGGAGAGAGGCAAACAGGUUUUUGAAAUAGAGUAUUUGGAUGAUAAGUUGCUUGAAGAACUCCUUGAAAAUGAAGAGAAAAAGGGCAAGAAAAUGUGAAGGGAUGGUGAUGUGGUGAUCAAGAAGAAGAAAACUGCUCUUUGGCUUCUUAAUUGAACUGGUCAAGUAUCUUGAAAGUCUUUCUUGAUU